AUGCAGGUGUCUGAGACAACUGCCUCGUCCCUCUCGCUUGAAUCUUCCAUCUCUACAGAUUCUACCGUUUCUACUUCUUCGACCACUGUUCUGUCCCUUUCCACUGAUACUAUCAUCUCUACGGACUCCGCCAUUUUCACGUCUUUGACGACUGCUUUGACUCUUUCGACCGAAUCUGCCAUCUCUACGGAUUUUGUCGGUUCUACUUCUUCCACCACUAUUCUAUCCCUUUCGACCAAACCUACCAUCUCUACUGAUUCUACUAUCUUCACAUCUUCCGGCUCUUCGGCGACAACUUCUGCUGACAAAGUCACCCAAACCACCUCCGAAGAGUCUACCUCCGAAUCGACUUCAGUCUCACUGACCGAAAAUACCUCGGCCCCAACCACGACUUCAGAGCUCUCGACCGGGCCCACUUCAAGACUUCAAACCGUCUCAACCUUGUCUUCUUCAAUUACUGAUGGAAUCACCACUACCAGUGCGGUUUCAUCCGCUUCACCUGCCUCUACUCAAGGAGGUCCUCCAGCCGUCUUCACUGCGAACCCAAACAUUGGCCCUGGCGGAGAAAUUUACAAGGAAUCGGAGCAUUUCCGAAUCUAUGGCACCAUUCCGGACAAUGUGAACAAGACCCUCGACCUCCUAGAGGGCGAAUACGAUUGCCUCGUCAAUACAUUGGGAUGGCGAUCGCCGGGCUUGUCCAACUACGUUGAAGGCGAAAAGGGUCCCUGGUGCAAGACCAACGUAUAUUCUGUUAGCGAUCUUGGCAGCUCGGCGGGUGUUCAACGGUCCGACACCAAGCAUGGCUUUGCUUAUCUCGAUGUUGUCACCAAAUGGCUUGAUUCCGGUGUCACGGCUCAUGAGUUUGGCCACGCCCUUCACUAUCACCAGAGAACAUGGGUGUAUCAAUCCAGAACAGGAGCUUGGUGGGAAACUGUUGCGAACUGGGUCGCAGAGACUUACCAGACAUCUGAUAUCUGCGCCCCAGCUCGGGUAAAGGUUAACAGGUCGGCUGCUUCAAGUAUCAUCGAAGUUAAGAAGCUCAUCGGAGACUCGUUCCAAGUCAUCGUUGACGGCUCUUCCGGCACUGGAAACUACUAUCAAGCCUGGCCUUUCCUCACCUAUCUCACCAACAACCCUGAUGACAUCCCUGGAUUGGGAACACAUGUGGUGCGUGAGUUGAUGGUCCAAUACAAGAAGGAUAGUAACGAGACGCCUCUCCAUACUCUCGCGCGUGUGGCGAAUACCAAGGUCGGAAGCAUCGUCGGCUCAUACUGGGCCCGCAUGGCCUAUGUUGAUAUUGGACACGCGCCCGCUCAGAAGGUGUUCCAGCAACAAAGACAUGGCAUCAACUACAAAAACGUCGCUCUCCAGUAUGAUAACACCUACAAGGUUCUACCUGAGCGCCAGCCGCGAUACAUGGGUUGCAACAUCAUCCCUUUGACCACGUCAGGCGCCACCACGGUCGAGGUCGACAUCAAGCUUGCAGAGAAGGCCGAGUUUACCGCAAAAUUUGCUGUUCGGGAUACUAGCACAGGUUCUGUACGAUAUAAGACUCUGGAAGAAGGAUCUGGAUCCAUUACAGUCUCGGACGGUGAGGAGAUUAGCUUGGUUGUUGCAAACACGCCGGCGGAUCCCAUCUUGUAUGAUGGAUUCAAAUUGACCAGGGACGUGCAGAAGGGCUUGGAAUAUUCUUUCACGCUUUCUGGGGCCACUAUAUGA